UUAGAAUUGCUAUCAGUCCUUACCCUGCUGUGUCAAGUAUCAAGUAUUAUAUAGUAGUAUAGUAUUUAUUUUAAUCUUCUAUACAUUUUAGUAUGUGUAAUAUAUGCUCUGUGUAUCUAUUUAAAAGGUUACUGGGGUUCAGAAAGCAAGGGGGAGGGAUGUGGGAGAGGCUAGAGGGGGACAUGCUCAGCUCUCAGAGAGCAGACAGAGAGUGACAGAGAGAGAGAGAGAGACUCAGUGGAGAGCUGCUGGAUCUCCGAGACCAGGACCAGGACCAGAACCAGAGCGGAAUGGAGGAGGAGCAACAGAAGCCGGAGCAGCGGAGCAACAAGGUCCCCAGAAGAGCAGCAGCAGGCUCGGCCUCUGAUAGCAGCGGUGUUCAGAAACGGAGAGGAAGAGGGGGACUCGGACAUCACAGCUGUCAGCACUGUGGCAAGUCCUUCACAACAUCUGGAAGUUUAAAUAUUCAUCAGAGAGUUCACACUGGAGAGAAACCAUACAGCUGUGACCAAUGCGGGGUAACAUUCACAACAUCGGGUACUCUUAAAAUCAAUCAACGCAUUCACACUGGAGAUAAACCGUUCCGGUGUGAACAAUGUGGGAAAACCUUUUCUCGGAGUGGUCACCUUAAAGCCCACCAACGCAUUCACACUGGAGAGAAACCGUACAGCUGUGAACAAUGCGGAGCAGCAUUCACACAGUUAUCUCACUUAAUAUCCCACCGACGCAUUCACACUGGAGAGAAGCCAUUCUGGUGUGAGCAAUGUGGGAAAACUUUUUCUCGUGCUGCUCACCUUAAAUCCCACCAACGCAUUCACACUGGAGAUAAACCGUACAGCUGUGAACAAUGCGGAGCAGCAUUUGCACAUUUACAUAACUUAAAAUCCCACCAACGUCUUCACACUGGAGAGAAGCCGUUCUGGUGUGAACAAUGUGGGAAAACCUUUUCUCGUGCUGCUCACCUUAAAACCCAUCAACGUGUUCACACUGGAGAGAAGCCGUUCUGGUGUGAACAAUGUGGGAAAACUUUUUCUCGGAGUAGUAACCUUAAAACCCACCAACUCAUUCACACUGCCUCCUCUUGAACAUGUUCUAAAGCCAAGCUGUUGUUAGAGUGGAGAGGGGGAACAGAUAGCAUGAGUCAAGAUGCUGUUUACUACCCAGAUAACAAAAGAGAGCAGUCCCGAGCCCAAAGUAGCCGAGGUCCAGGACCACUUGCAGGCACUAACCUGCUUGAUAAAUAUGGAAGAAGAACAAAGUGUGGACUUUGUCAGAGCACAUAAUAUUGGGUAAAAAUUGUCCACACAAAAUAGAGCAUGUAAAGAUGACUGAAGUGAAAAUCAGUGCAGUGAAAACUACGAUGAGUGUAACAUAACAGUUGUUUUCCAAGGAAUCAGAUGAUGAGAUAUUCAUGGUUGAAGCUUGUUGAAGAAAAUGAUUUACCAGUUUUGGUCUAAUUUUGUCCUAAUGUCCUCCUUCUGGUCACUGAUUAAGUUGAUCAUAUUUUACCAGAUUUUUUAAAAAACAUUUAUAUCUUGUGUUGUGUAACUGAAUGUUAACAAUAUACAUCAAGAUAUGGAAUUGUUUUUGGAUAUAUGACUUAUCAUUUAUAUUUUACUUUAUUACUUCAUGUAUUCAUGUGUUGAACAAUAUUGUGAGUUGGGUUUGUAUGUUUUUUUUUAUUUUAUCUUAUUUUGUUGAAGCUGGUCAUGUUGGUUCAUACGUGUGAGGUCACUUGAAGAGUAGUAAUGUAGACUCUCUGUAAUCUGAACACUUGAAAUUACCCCGCAAACUAUCAAUAAAUACUUUUUUGACAAACUA